CUUUCAUGCCUCAGUCCGCUGAAAACCCAGUUUCACCGGAGUGCUUCAAACUGUCUCUACGCUUGUCUCUGACAACGCCGCGUCACUUUGAUGGGGAAUUCGAUAUCAGGGCGGGAAAAUGCCUGUUAUGAAGGGAUUGCUCGCGCCACAGAACACAUUUUUGGACACUAUAGCGACGCGUUUUGACGGCACACACAGCAACUUCAUCCUGGCCAAUGCGCAGGUGUCCAAAGGUUUCCCGAUCGUGUACUGCUCGGAUGGAUUCUGUGAGCUUACUGGAUUUGCCCGAACCGAGGUCAUGCAGCAGAGCUGCGCAUGCAAGUUUCUGUAUGGGCCGGAGACCAGCGAGCACAUCAUUCUUCAUGUGGACUCUGCGCUUGAGGAACGUAGCGAGCUCAAGGAGGAGAUAAUGUUCUACAAAAAGAAUGGUACUGUGUUCUGGUGUCUGCUGGAUAUUGUGCCUAUCAAGAAUGAGAAGGGAGAUGUGGUCCUCUUUCUCGCCUCUUUUAAAGACAUCACUGACACCAAAGCCAAAUCUAUACUUGAGGAGAAAAAAGAAGAGUGCCGCCGCGAGAAGGUCAAGGGCGGGUCUCCGUUUGGCUCCACGCGGCUGCGGUCUAGCACAGUUCUCUACCAUAUUUCCGGACACCUGCAUAACCGUCAGAAACAAAGUAAAAUCAAACUUAACAAGAAUGUGUUUGGCGAUCCGCCCGCGCUUCCUGAAUAUAAAGUUGCAGAUGCCAAGAAGUCCAAGUUCAUUCUUCUCCACUUUAGCACCUUCAAGGCGGGCUGGGAUUGGCUGAUCCUUCUGGCUACAUUCUAUGUCGCUGUGACGGUGCCGUAUAACGUUUGCUUUAUCGGUGAUCAGGACUUGACACGUAGCACGACUGUCACCGACAUUGCCGUUGAGAUUCUUUUCAUCAUUGACAUUGUGUUCAGUUUCCGCACUACAUACGUGAGUAAGUCGGGGCAGGUGAUCUUCGAUGCGCGGCAGAUCUGCAUCCAUUACAUGACCACCUGGUUCAUCAUCGACCUGGUUGCCGCUCUGCCCUUUGAUCUCCUUUACGCUUUCAAAGUCAGCGUGGUGUCAGUGGUGCAUCUGCUAAAGACCGUACGCCUGCUGAGGCUCCUACGUCUGCUGCAGAAGAUGGACCGCUACUCCCAGCACAGUACGGUGGUGCUGACCCUGCUCAUGUCCAUGUUUGCACUGCUGGCUCACUGGAUGGCCUGCAUCUGGUACAUCAUUGGCAAGAAGGAGGUGGAGAGCAACGCAGACACCUGGGAUAUUGGUUGGCUGCAUGAGCUUGGGAAGCGGUUGGAGUCUCCGUAUGACGGGAUGAGUAUGGAAGCGGUCAACAGAACGCUGAGCAGUGGACCGUCUUUGCGGAGCAUCUACAUCGCAGCGCUGUACUUCACCCUCAGCAGCCUGACCAGCGUGGGCUUUGGAAAUGUCUCUGCCAACACAGACGCAGAGAAGAUCUUCUCCAUCUGCACCAUGCUCAUUGGAGCUCUGAUGCACGCUCUGGUCUUUGGCAACGUGACGGCCAUCAUCCAACGCAUGUACUCGCGCUGGUCCUCUUACCACACACGCACUAAAGACCUGAAGGACUUCAUCCGUGUGCACCACCUGCCCCAGAGCCUCAAACAGCGCAUGCUGGAGUACUUCCAGACCACCUGGUCUGUCAACAACGGUAUCGACUCCAAUGAGCUCUUGAAAGACUUUCCAGAUGAGCUGCGUUCGGACAUCGCAAUGCAUCUGAAUAAAGAGAUCCUAGAGCUGUCUGUCUUCUCCUCUCUGAGCCGUGGAUGUCUCCGCUCUCUCUCCCUGCACAUAAAGACUUCGUUUUGUGCGCCGGGCGAGUACCUUCUUCGUCAGGGAGAUGCUUUACAGGCUCUUUUCUUUGUCUGCUCCGGCUCCAUGGAGGUGCUAAAGGACAGCAUGGUGCUAGCCAUCCUAGGUAAAGGCGACCUGAUUGGUGCGAACAUGUCGGUUGGUGACCGUGUGAUAAAGACGAAUGCUGACGUGAAGGCGCUGACGUACUGCGACCUGCAGUGCAUUAAUCUGAGGGGCCUGUAUGAAGUGCUCGACCUGUAUCCUGAAUACUCCCACCGUUUUGUGCAGGACAUAACACACGACCUCACCUACAACCUGAGAGAGGGACAAGAGAGCCAUGUCAUAUCCAGGAUGUCCAGCAAGUCUAUGGACACACAGAUAGAGGGAAGGGGAAAUGGAGACGUGAUCCAGUGCUAUCCACCAAUAGCUGAGCAUCAAGACGAGGGAGAUGAUGAUGAUGAAGACGAUCAGAUACAUUAUCUCAAAGGUGGAACCAAACAGAAAACGCACCUGCAGAAAAACGAUCACCAAACCAACAAAAAACUUCACAUUCAGCAUACCACUGUCACAAAGCCUGACCUUGCAAAUCUCAGCCCAAGGGUCGUGGACGGCACAGAGGACAGUGAUGGUACAGAAAAUUCACACACAUUUAUAUUUUCCUCUGGCCAUCAGCACACCGUCAGUGGUGCAACUAACACCACUGCCACCACAGCAGAAUUAGCAGCUAAAUCAGAGGACACCAGAGGACAGCUACGCCACCUUAACCAAGAGGUGAACUCUCUCGGACGGGAGGUGGCUGAGCUGGGACGAGUCAUGCGGAGUCUUGCCUUUCUCAUCGAAUCCAUGAUGGCCUCUCCUCAAACACCGGGUGUCUGCGCAUCCACGUUUACCUCGGGACAUCCAUCACCUCCCGUCCCCUUCCCGAGCCAGGGUUCUUCUUGGACAAGCCCUCCUUUUUCUUCACCGAUGCACCCUGGAAUACAUCCAGGAGGACUUGUAUCCCAUCCUCUCAGGCCACAAGAACUGCAGCUGGUCUGCCCCACAACGUCUCCCGGUUCUUUUCCCAUUACAUUUUCCUCAUCCCCCCACACAGACAGAUUGAGAGAGCCGUUAUUGACCCUUUCUCCGCACAGCGCAGUCGCUCGGACCCGCUCGCAGAGCCUGGAGACACCGCUUCCGCAGCAUCACCAACACAUCUCACACACCCCCGGAACUUUACCCAGAGCUGGGCAGCCAUCGCUGGGAGAAGGGGAGGAUCUCAGGUCCCUGGGUUUGUAGCAGUCAAUCUUUAAAACGGACAAGUUCCACUGGAAUCUGCGUGUUACCUGGACUCAGGACUGGACUGAUAAGAUAAGUGGUACACGCACUGCCAAAGCCAUGGAGCACUGGUUCCUUCGAAGAUAUACAUGUUUACCAUCUCAGUUUUUAAGAUAAUCUCUCUAACGGCAUGUCUUACAAUGCUAGAAGCUAAAGGGAUAUCUCUCAUCCGGAAAAAACUAAUUGAAACAGCAGAACGUUUAAACAACCAAAAGUAAAACAAACUCGUUAUUCAGAUGUUAACUGCAUUCAUCUAAAUACGGUUCAUAUUGAGUCAGCUGCAAAAUCCUAAAUUAGCUAUAAGGGCAAUUUACCUUUUUAUGUCAAUUUUAAAAAGAGGUUUUACUAAAUGUUUAAUUUAUUCUAAUCAUCACUGCCUACAUAAAGUCCCUCAAAAACGUUCUGUGCAAUGAAAAGUUACAAUUUAUCAACACCAUCUGGAAUGUGCUACUAGUUAUCAUUUUGACAGCGUUCCUCAGGUUUUAAAUUGAAAUUAUAUUAAUGCAAUUCCAAUAGCUUUAAAUGGAAUAGAUACUAAAAUACACAGUUUUUUUCUAAAAACGUGUGCCAUAAUGUCAUAAUGCACUAUUCACCACUUCUAAGGAGGAAACUUUAAUCAGAUGUUAACUUUUCAUUUUGGAAAAUAUGUGUUUCUACCUUGGAACAUUCCUUCAAAUACUGUACUUCUAAGAAUUUUAUGGAAACAUGGCUGAAAAGAUACAAUUUUCAUUGUUUGAGUAGUAAAAGGAGAAGACUGAAGAGACCCCCUAAUGAUUUCUAUUAGAAAAUCAGCUCUUUAAUCAGAUUUUUUAAAGUAUGAGUUCUUCUAAUCAAGCUUUGCAGUGCUUGAUAACCGACUUUAUCCUCUUUAUCCUCGGAUUAGCCCUGUAUAUUGUACAAAUGCAUUGUAUCUGCUAUGUUUAGCAAACUUAACUAGUUGAUGGGUUGUCUAAACAACUAGUCAGUCUUCAAUAAGCACUGCAUAAUUAAUAAAUCAUGUCAUUUACACUGAAUACUAAUCAUACUAGUAAGGCAUGGAAGAUGUUUGAAAACUGCCAACGACAAGCUGACAGAUAUUCAAAUAAAUAAGCUAAAUAACUAAGCUUUAAUUGCACAGAACUACCAUAGUCCUCACAUAAAAAGAAGAUGGAUUACGCAUAAUAAUGGGAACAUUGCUCACAGCAGGCAAUCUGAAGCUUGACAGUAAUUGUCUUGGAAUUUAUUGUUGAAGGUUGUGAAUUAGUUACAAAGCGGUGCUUUGAUGACUGUAGCGAUGAGGUUUUAAAAGGGGACUAUUUAGAAACUUUUUGGAGAGGGCUGUAUGCAGGACAGGUAACUUGUUAGACUUUUUGCAUGCUAAAUUACGGCAUGAUGACAGCAUGCUAAAAGCCUUUGAGAAGCUUCAUCCCCUUUUAAACACCACUGCUAAUGCUAAAAUCACAGAAACUGGUAACACUUUCCAUAUGGUUUGUUCAAAUUUGCUAAUGCAUUUUGUAUUCUAAACUAAUUUCUAUAGCAUUUAUUAUCCUUCAUAUAUUUAUUAAUGUUAAUUUAUGAAUGUAUUUCACUUUAUUCUCAUUUUUUAAUACAACAAUUAACAUAUUUUGUAACAGUGUUUUUGCUUGAAUUUCACAUUUUAAACUGUUAAAAAGUGUUGAUGAAAAUAUAAACAAAAUUAGAAAUACUGUCUUGGCAACUGACUGAAAUAGAAUGAAAAAUGACAAACUAAAUAAAAAAAGAUAUAAUACUGAAUUCUAAUUAUAAAAAAAAAAAAACUAAAAACGUAAAAAUGAAAAUGAAAACACACAUAACCAAA